CCAGCGCUCGGAGUCGGAGAGUCUCGCUCGCGCCGUUCCCCGCCAGUUCUGUAGUGGGUGUCCAUUAGCACAGGGCCACCAAAGUUUCUUUCACCCCAGCUAGCCUCAGUUCAAUCCUUGUUGUAAGGAACCUGGGCAAAAAUCUCUGGAAUUAUUCCUUGCACUCUGUGAUGACCGCAGAGUUCUUACUCUGCGUCUCCGAGUAGAAUGCCCAAGUCCAAGGAGCUUGUGGAAACAACCACUUCAGACAGUGGGUCUGAUGCUGAGAAUGAAAAGAAAAGAAAAAAGGAGAUGCCGUCCAAGCCGGAGAAAAGGCCAAAAACUGAGGCCAAAACUUCCAAGGUGGCAACAAAAAGUCAAGGGCAAGACAGUGAAGAGGAGGGCAUGUUCCAGAUUGGGAAGAUGCGCUAUGUCCGAGUGUCCUGCUUUAAGGGGAAAGUCCUUGUGGAUAUCCGAGAAUUCUACAUAGAUAAGGAGGGGGACACUAAACCUGGGAGAAAAGGGAUUGCCUUAUCUGCCGAACAGUGGAACCACUUGAAGGAGAUCAUUCCAGACAUUGAUGCUGCAGUCAAGAAAUUCUAAGAUGUUGUUUGUUUAAAAUCCUGUAUUUUUCCUUUUUUUCCCUUUUUUUUUUUCUUAAUUGCUAUUCUGCAUUGGAUUCCAUCCAAGGGAAAGGUUCAUUUGUUUUUAGAUUGUGAUAAUGCUCAAGGGGCUAGAGAUUGCUUUAAGGUUUUAAAAUAUAAU